AUGGUGUCGUUCCUGGGGAUGAAAUUUGGUGCGGAUAAGAAAAAGAAGGUUGAGAAAGCACCAGAGCCGAGGCCCCAGCAACAGCAGCGGAAGAAGAUCGAUCAGAACAUGCUCGGCGAGGGUCAGUUUUUCGGAACUGACCUCAAACGUCCCGUUAUGAUCAAUGGCUCCCGCCCUGGAACAUCAAUGUCGAAUAGAAGCUUCGCCAACAUGCCUGACAAUUUCAUGCCCCCCAAUGCACAAAUGGCAGCCGGGGGCGCAUCGCUGUAUGGUUCGCGUCCUGGGACAGCCAUGUCGAACAAGAACUUCGCCGCCGAUUUCCGUCAUCCGAAUGCACCGUACUUGAAUGGAGGUUCAUCUUCGUUGGUCGAUCUCAGUGCCCCGGGUGGCAAGGGUGGUGUCCGUCCCAUGGGAUCUGAGAGCAACCUGAACAAGGGCUGGAAGAACGGUUCAGUAACGAACCUGAAAAUCAUGCCAACCCCACCCAUCAUCACCAGUGAGCCAGGAACCCCGAACUCGCCUGGCCGCAAGGCCGGCUGGGUCCACCCUCUCGAUGUACAUUAUGCUCGUGACGGUGCUCUCAGCCCGGCGGGUUCCGCAGGUGGCCCCCGGUCUCCCGGGUUUGCGCCCAGUCUCGCACCGAGUCUCGCACCGAGCGCCGCGCCGAGUGUCUCAAAUGCGCCCCGAAGUCCUCUCGGUCAAUUCGAGUUCAACUUGAACCCUGGAGACAUACCGAAGCAUGAUGAACUAACACCGGCGCCCCUGUCGCCAGCCAAAGCGUAUCCAUCUCCUCCGCAGUCGGUCAAUGGGUCCCUUCCUCCUAUCAAGACUGAUUUCAAGCCAAAGAUCGCCGCUGUCAACACAACCCGUGACGCUUAUAGGCCUGGGCCGACUUCUCUGCCUUCUCCAACAGCAUCGGCCGAGCGCACCAGUGAAGAGGAGCGGCGAUAUCCUAGGCCCAUCAUUCAGAAUGUCGCCGCAAAACGGGACACACUAACGUACCACUCACCAAGACGGCAGAGCUUUUCGAUGGACAUUGAUGAAGACCCGACCAGUCUCAACUUUGGUGCAAAACAGCCAAACGACACCGCGCCGACGGGCCCACCGCCGAGAAGCGCGCUUCGACCAUCGCCACCGGAGCUGAAGAGUCUGCCUCUUCUUCCGCUUCGAGUUCAGGCGGCAAAAAGUGCGGGGUUGUCAAGCCCUGGUGCGCCCCCUCCGAGGCCCCGCCAGGUUCCGUACGAGGGACCGUUGAGAAGCCCAGCUAGGCCCCCCGACGAAUGGGUUAAGGCCAGGGAACGAAUGGGCUCGGAUGCACGAGAGAAACCAAACUUUGAGCCGAGGGGGAGAACGAACUCUGAUGCCCGUGGACGGACGUUGGAGCGCCGGGAGAGGCAGGAUUCGGAUCCCCAAGAGAUGGUUAGCCCAGAGACUCCAGCUGCCAGGAACGAUCGAAACGGCCAAUCGCAGGGAUAUAUCGGCCCUCCGCCAGCUUCAAAACGGGUGGCGCCAGGGGAGGGAGAGCGCAGUUACGGUAUCACCCCGGCAAACAGACGCCAGGCUCCGCCACCUGUCGAACUGGAACGCAAGGCAUCAAACCCUCAGUUCCGGCAACCAGGAUGGGGCGAUCGGGACGUACAGCACGGAAGCUUCGCCAUGGUCUCUCCUCCAAUGCAGGCGGUGCAACAACCGCCAACCCCGAGCAGUUUGGUAGCUGAGCCUUCAGGUGAUGCAAACUGGCCACUGCCGAGUCCCUUGGCAAGCCCGACAUUCGGGACGAGUUCUGGGAGGAGACCGUACACGCCAACUGAGAGGUCCGAGGUACAGAUGAGCCCGGAAUCAAGCGUGCCAGCGGGUCACUCCUCGCGCGAGCCUAGAUGGGAUCAAAGAAAGCCGGAGUUUGGCGAUCAAAGACGGCCAGACUAUGGAGACCACAGAAGGCCGGACUUUGGGCUGAGGGCGCCGACGGGGAUUGCAGACGAGUUCCGAAUUGGGUUUAUUUAG